GCCGCACAAGCAGCGUGCUGAGCUGAGGGAUCUAUUGUUCCUCUAGCUGUUUUUAUUUUUUUUUCCUCCACUCAGACCUCAUUCUUCUCCACUGACCCAGAGAGCACAGCGAAUAAGAAAUAAAAGGAGGGAAAAUAGAGGAGUUAGUGGAGAAAGACAGAGACAAGUGGAUUACCCUUUCCUGGAGGAACCGCGUACAGAAGAGUGAGAGGGACAAUAGUAGCUCACUUUCCCCUGUGCCGCAUCUUCUUGUGCAUAAAUCUCCUGCUGAGUGUGUGUAUUGUGCGGGUCUGUUUGGCCAGACUUGAGCUGUGUGGAUCUAUCUGGCCAGGCUGAAGCCAUGGGGCUGGCCAGCAGGGCAGCAGGAAGAGGGGGCACUUCAGCAGGGGUUUUUGCCACCCUCUUCAGAGUAGCUCUGCUCUUUUUUGGGCUAUGGGAUGUCCGGGAUGUCCAGACACAAACAGUCGCCAACACAAAAUCCACUUACAUCUGGCAAACAGGGCCAUGGGGUAGGUGCAUGGGCAGCGAGUGUGGUCUGGGUGGAAGUCAAAGCCGAGCAGUUUGGUGUGCCCAUUCUGAAGGCUGGACCACGUUACACACCAACUGCCAGCAAUCGGAGCGGCCCAGCAACCAACAGAGUUGCUUCCGGGUUUGCGAUUGGCACAAAGAGCUGUACGACUGGCAGCUAGGGGCCUGGAACCAGUGCGUGCCAGUGUCUAUGCGCAGUGUGGGCGUGCCAAGGCCAGCGGUGUGCACUCGAGGCGAUGAGGGCAUCCAGACGCGGGAAGUGGGCUGUGUGCACAAGUCGGAUGGUGUUCCUGCGGAAGAUGCCAUCUGUGAAUACUUUGAGCCCAAGCCACGGUUAGAGCAGGCCUGCCUUAUCCCAUGCCCACGCAACUGCGUGGUGUCCGAAUUCUCCCCAUGGACAUCCUGCUCCAAGAGUUGUGGGAUGGGACUUCAGAACCGCUUGCGUUGGGUUUUAGCCCCACCACUUUUUGGCGGUUCGGCUUGCCCCAACCUCACAGAGUUCCGCACCUGCCAGCCGGGCCCCUGUGAGGGUGACGAGAGCCUGUACAGCCUGAGGUUGGGACCUUGGGGCCCCUGCAUCACUUCACCUAUACGUCAGGCCCGGGAAACCCGAGAAGAUAGAGAGCUGAAACCAGAACGUAAGGCAAAGCGGGAUAGGAAGGCCAGGCAGGAGCGUCAGGGCAAGCGGCGCAAAAACAAAGAGAAAAAGGAGGUGAAGGAAAACAAAGGAGAACGUGUGAGGGACAGGGUCAGGAUGAAGGGAAGGAUGAGGGACCCUGAGACCCGAGAGCUCAUCAAAAAGAAGAGGACGAGGAAUCGUCAGAACCGCCAGGGCUUGAAGUUCUGGGACCUGCAGGUGGGCUACCAGACCCGGGAGGUGACAUGUGUUCACCGAAGCGGAAGCACAUCGGCGCUCAGCCACUGUAACCAGCAGACUCUUCCUGUGACAUAUCAAGCCUGUGUCAUCCCAAAGGACUGUGAAGUGACCGAGUGGUCAGACUGGUCGGCAUGUUCAAAGGAGUGCUAUGAUCUGAAUGGGCGUAAGGGACAGAGGACACGCACGCGUCAGGUGAAGCAGUUCCCAGUGGGUGGAGGGGUCGAGUGUCCUGAGCUGGAGGAGAGUGAACCGUGUUCUCCUCAAGGAGAAGAAUUCCUGCCAUGUAUAGUGUAUAAUUGGCGAACGACAGAGUGGAGCGACUGCAGGGUGGAUGUGCUCCUCAGCCAACAGGACCGUCGGCGGAGCAACCAGACAGGGCUCUGUGGAGGCGGGGUUCAAACUAGGGAGGUCUACUGUGUUCAAGCCCCGACUGAAACCUCAUCUAGCCUCAGCUCCCUCAAGAGCAAAGACGCCACACGGCCAGUGAACAGUGACCUGUGUCUGGGCGUUUCUCCUGACACCACCCAGCUCUGCCAUAUUCCCUGCCCUGUGGAGUGUGAAGUGUCCUCCUGGGGCGCAUGGGGGCCCUGCACCUUUGAAAACUGCCAGGAUCAGUCCACAAAGAAAGGUUUCAAACUGAGGAAAAGGAAAAUCAUGAAUGAGCCCACAGGUGGCACAGGAAAUUGUCCCCACCUGACAGAGGCAAUUCCCUGUGAGGAGCCCAGUUGCUAUGAAUGGCUGUUGGUGAAGCUGGAGGAGUGUAUGCCUGACAAUGACAAAGCGUGUGGACCGGGAACCCAGAACCCAGUAGUACAGUGUGUCAACAGUGAAGGUGAAUAUGUGGACAGGCAGCUGUGCCGGGACGCCAUUCUUCCCAUGCCUGUGCUGUGUGAGGUGCCCUGCCCCAAAGACUGUGUGCUCAGUCCCUGGACUUCAUGGUCUCUUUGCUCCAAUACCUGCUCAGGGAAGAACUCAGAGGGCAAGCAGACCAGAUCACGCUCCAUUCUGGCCUACAACGCUGGGGACGGUGGAGGUCAGUGCCCUAACAGCAGCGCCUUGCAAGAGGUGCGCAGCUGCAAUGAUCAUCCCUGCACUGUGUACCACUGGCAGACGGGGCCCUGGGGUCAGUGCAUAGAGGACACCUCCGUUCCGUCUGCUAACAGCUCGCUCAGCCGCACCGGAGCAGGAGUCGACACUAAUGAGGCAUUCUGCUCGGUCGGAAUGCAGACACGCAAAGUCAUUUGUGUCCGGGUCAAUGUGGGCCAGGUGCCACCUAAGAAGUGCCCAGAGAGUCUGCGUCCAGAUACUGUAAGACCGUGUCUUUUGCCCUGCAAGAGAGACUGCAUUGUCACUCCGUACAGUGAUUGGACACCCUGUCCUUCCAUCUGCAAGACAGGCGGUGAUGUCAAAAAGAAGCAAUCCAGGAAGCGCAUUAUGAUUCAGCUUCCGGCUAACGGAGGCCAAGACUGUCCAGAAGUGCUCUUCCAGGAGAAGGAAUGCGAUGCCACAUCUGUUUGUCCGGGCUACAGGUGGAAGACCCACAAGUGGCGCAGGUGUCAGCUGGUGUCCUGGGCGAUUCGCCAGGACAGUCCUGGAGCACAAGAGACUUGUGGACCAGGACUACAGGCUAGAGCCGUAUCAUGUAAGAAGUUGGAUGGUGGACCCACAGACGUUACGGCCUGUCUGAAGUUUGCGGGUCCUAUGCCUCAACUCACUCAGUCCUGCCAGCUUCCAUGUCAGGAUGACUGCCAGCUGACUACCUGGUCCAAAUUCUCAUCCUGCGCUGCUGAUUGUGUGGGUGUACGAACUAGGAAAAGAACCCUUGUUGGUAAAAGCAAAAAGAGGGAACAAUGUAAAAACACACAGAUGUAUCCUCUGAGUGAAACCCAGUACUGCCCCUGUAACAAGUACAAUGCCCAGCCCGUGGGGAACUGGUCCGACUGUAUCCUGCCCGAGGGUGGGCGAGUAGAGGGCCUUAUGGGUAUGAAAGUGCAAGGUGAUAUCAAGGAGUGUGGCCAGGGUUACCGGUUUCAAGCCAUGGUGUGCUACGACCAGGACAACCGCCUCGUGGAGACGUCACGCUGCAACAGUCAUGGUUACAUAGAGGAAGCGUGUAUCAUCCCAUGUCCAUCUGACUGUAAGCUCAGCGAGUGGUCAAACUGGUCCCGCUGCAGUAAGUCUUGUGGCAGUGGAGUCAAAGUAAGGUCCAAGUGGCUUCGGGAGAAACCUUAUAACGGUGGCAGGCCCUGCCCCAAACUGGACCACGUUAAUCAGGCUCAGGUGUAUGAAGUUGUACCCUGUCUGAGUGACUGCAGUCAGUAUGUCUGGGUGGCUGAGCCGUGGAGUGUCUGGAAGGUCAGUAAUGUUGAUCUGAAGGAGAACUGCGGGGAAGGUGUACAGACGAGGAAAGUUAGGUGCAUGCAAAACACUGUUGAUGGACCUUCAGACCCUGUGGAAGACUAUCUCUGUGAUCCAGAGGAGAUGCCGCUUGGAGCCCGAGAGAGCAAGUUGCCCUGUCCUGGGGACUGCGUUAUGACUGACUGGGGCCCUUGGAGUCGAUGCCCAUUGCCAUGCAAUGUCAAUAGUACAAGACAGAGGAGCGCCAGCCCUAUACGUCAGCCUGGGGAAGGGAAACAGUGUCCUUCAACUACAGAGAAAGAAACAUGCACCCUGAACACCAACUGCUUCCAUUACUCCUAUAAUAUUACAGACUGGAGCACAUGUCAGCUGAGGGAACGAGCCGUAUGUGGGGUUGGAUUCAAGACACGUAUGCUUGACUGUGUUCGCAGUGACGGAAAGUCUGUGGACCUCAAGUUUUGCGAGGAGCUCGGUCUCGAGAAAAAAUGGCAGAUGAAUGCUUCCUGUGUGGUCGAGUGCCCUGUCAACUGUCAGCUGUCUGAUUGGUCAUCCUGGUCUGAAUGCUCUCACACCUGUGGUCUUGCAGGGAAGCUCUGGAGAAGGAGAACUGUGAUCCAGGCCUCUCAGGGUGAUGGCCGGCCGUGUUCCCCACAGCUGGAACAGUGGAAGCCCUGUCCUGUUAAACCCUGCUACAGCUGGAGAUACAGCGCCUGGUCUCCGUGCAAAUCUGAGGGUGCACGGUGUGGAGAGGGCCUGCGCUUCAGGAACGUGUCCUGCUUUGUGUCUGAUGGAUCGGGGAAGGAUCCGGGCAGUAUGGUGGAUGAGGAACUGUGCGGAGACCUGGAGCAGACAGUGGAUGAGGACAAACAGAUCAUCCUGCAAGAAACCUGCACGGUGCCCUGCCCAGGCGAGUGUUACCUGACAGACUGGACUGUGUGGAGCCCGUGUCAGCUGAGCUGUAUCAGUGGGGACGAUCUGGGCUUUGGUUCGGUGCAGGUGCGUUCUCGUGCUGUUCUAGCUCAGGAGCCUGAGAACCUUCUUCAGUGCCCAGAACAGGAAUGGGAAGCCAGGCCAUGUACAGAGGGUCAGUGUUUUGAGUACAAAUGGAUGACCGGUCCAUGGAAGGGCUCGUCUCGACAAGUCUGGUGCCAGCGCUCUGAUGGAUUGAAUGUCACAGGUGGAUGCCUGUUGACAAGCGAGCCGGUAUCUGACAGGUCAUGUGACCCAGCCUGCAACAAACCUCGCUCCUACUGCACUGAGGCUGGUGUAUGCGGCUGUGAGGAGGGUUACACUGAGGUGAUGACGUCUGAUGGAGUGCUGGACCAGUGCACGGUCAUACCGGUGCUUGAGAUCCCCACCGCAGGAGACAGUAAGGCCGACGUGAAGACGAUCAGAGCCCUCAGCCCCACUCAGCCCACCGCCAACCUGCCAGGCCGCUCCGGACGCACCUGGUUCCUGCAGCCCUUCGGACCCGAUGGCCAACUGAAGACCUGGGUGUAUGGUGUGGCAGCUGGGGCUUUUGUACUGCUAGUGUUCAUCGUCUCUAUGACAUACUUAGCCUGUUGUUGUAUGCUGGCCCGGUGCUCUCCUCCGAGCCUGGACCCUUCCGUUACCUCUGUGAUUUGGGUCGGACCCAACGACCAAGAGCUGAUAUACACCUGCCCUGACUGUUCAACUAGAGCUCUCAGCUCAGUCCCCUCCCUCAUGGCUUUGCCCUGUGGCCAGUCAUGUUCAUCUCUUAUGCCUUCUCACUGUCACAUGUGCCUUUCUGACCAAUCACAUGGAGCUGUUUGGAGGAGCAAAAAGCCAAAGAAGCCCCAGAGAAGACAGAUGAACAACAGACUCAAGCCUCUGACGCUGGCUUACGAUGGCGACGCUGACAUGUAGCCUAACCACGUCUGCUUCAAACUACAGAUACUCGCCUCCUUUCACAGUCGGCCAUCAGUACAAGCCUCGAACAAGGAGACUCACACAAACUCACCGACUGCUUUUUAUAAAACGCUAAUGGAACCUCAGAGAGAGACUCGAUCUGUGUUAUAUAAUGUUUCUCCACCCCUCCUUUUUUAUGUUCAAGGUUUUUUUGUUUUUUUUUUUUACUUUAUUUCACAAGAGCCUUCAUAAACUCUACAAAAAUCUUCUUCAGGAAGUCUGCCUUCACCUCUCUGCCACUGACAUCUUUCUGUAACAUAGACUUGUCUUUCGGGAGGAAAGUUGCAGGACGCUUUUUAAAUUGGGAAGUUUUUUGCUGCGAAAGCACAACAUACGCCUGUCUCCUGUCACCCUUCUUGUCAGCUCUUGCAGUGUGUACAUUGUCUGUGGCUGUUGGGAGGGUCGCAUUUUUAUCCAACCAAAAUACUCCAUUAACUUGCUAGUAGAAUUUUCCGCCCUGAAACAUUCUUUGAUUUCUGUUGGGUCCUUCUUUGCUUCAGUAUUAUGUGAUCAGAAGGAUUAAAGACUGCAGAUUGAAUGGGCUCACUAGCGCCCCCUAUAGAAACUCUGGCCUGCCUUUCCUCCUUUCUGUAUUCAGGCUCCAUUUUGCACUAUAUUAGUGCAGCAUGAACAUUUACUUAUAGCAUUGCCAUAGAAAACUGCCUCUCGCAAAGCAAGAUGAUGUACAGUCUUGUGCUAGACACAUUUCUUAAAAAAAUAAAUGAAAAAAAGAGAACAAAAGUAGCCCUUUUUUCUGAUGUAACUCAGUGGUGUUUGUUUAUACAUACUUGUUUACUGGUUACCUCCUGUUUGUGAUAAAAGGGCCGCUGAAAAGAUUUGUGUGGACUCCAUAAACCCCCUGGUGUAUGUACAGUUGCAAUCAGCCAUGUGUUUGCAUUCUUUGCCUGAUUGACUCUUGUAUGUUUUAAUGGUUCUUUUCACCUUAGAGAUCGAGGUGGGUGAAGUUUUCCAUGCGUUUCAGUCUUUCGUCUCUGAUUCCAAGGGCUCUGUGUUCAUAAUUUGAGCUCUUUUAACAGUAUGAUGUUUGAUUCACUGAUCCUGAUUCUGUUUGCAGUUUAUAUUAUAUGACUAACGCAAUAACAGCAUGCAGUAUCAUAUCAACUAGAUUCGGAAAAACGAAUAGUCUGAUAUUGAAAGAUUACUUUUGGAAGCAUUCAUUUGACAUUGUUACAUAUUACAAACCUGAUUUGGGGUUGAACAAAUCUGAGCUCAUUAAUUUAGACUGAAGAAAUGCUGUGGUUUGUGCUAGGACAUUAUGUAAGGAUGAUGUGCAGUGAGCUGGUUAAGGUAAAAUAAACCUUCAUUUAUAUUUGAUCAGCAUUUCUAAUAUAAAUAUUAAACGGAAUGGAAUUUAAACUAAAGUACUAAAACUAAAACUAAAACUGAAAUCAAAAGUAAAUUAUCUAAAAAUGAAGUAAAAUUGACCAUAUGGAAUACAAGCUAAUAUGAAUAAAUAAUACUAAAAUAACACUGGUGGGAAUGAAUAGCUUGCUGUACACUGUCCUGCUUAUUACACGGUUAUUUGGCAAAUCAAUACACAUUGGCAUAUAUAUAUAUUUUUUUAUUAUUUAAUUUUUACGUUUAAAUUAUAAAGCUUAUGCUAUGAAAAAAAAAAUGUUUUUUACAAAAUACAGAACAGUCGGCCUAGCAACAAGCCAAACACUGCAAAAUUAUAGUAAUAUUAAUACUGAAGACAUUUAAUAUGAUACAUUAACUUUUACAGAUACAAUUAGACUUCAGUUGAGAUGUCAAGCUGACUCGAAAGUAGUGCCAGUGUUGCCAUGAAUGAUGACUGACUGCUUGAGUAUUCCAGAGAGCCGUUGAAUAAGUGUUUGUAAUGUUCAGCUUUCAAAGGGAAAUGUAAAAAAUAUAUUUUUUUCUUUCUUUCAUUUUUUCUAUUUAUUAUUAUGUAUUUUAUUUUAUUUUCAUAAGGGUGCAAGUAAUUUGUCACCAUGUCAUGAACCUGCAUAUAGAUAAUCGCACACCAACAGAAUUGGUUAUGAAGAUUGAAAUGGUCAUCGGUGUCACCGACCUUCUAAAAUUUGGGUAAAAAAGCACAAAUAAGUAGGUCAGGGCCACUUUUUUACUAAACCAUAUCUACAGUGAAUUAACUAUGGGCACUAUUGAUCUCUUAAGGUAUAUCAUUGAAUUUGCUUUCAAAUGCGACGGGUGAAAGGAAUGUUUACUUAUGUGUUAAUACUCAUUUUGUUCAUUUGUAAUGAAUGAUCUUUUAUUUAAUAAUGAUUUCUUUAUGAUAUAUAUAUAUAUAUAUAUAUAUAUAUAUAUAUAUAUAUAUAUAUAUAUAUAUAUAUAUUUGUUCAUUUCUUUUUCUACUACGCAAAGUGUUUAGUAUAAACCUCUUGAAGUGCGUCUGAUAGUAUGUGUGUGUAGAGGGAGUGUGUGUGUGUGAGAAAGAAAUAGGAGAGUCUAUUGUUACUGAUUUUCGCUGGGGCGAACCAAGUUACUGUGUGAAAAUGUUGCUUUCUUCUUUUCCUAGAGGUUGUUUUUAUGUGUCUGAUGAAUUGCUGAUAAUAAACAAGAAAAACAUUGCU